AUGAGAUUCACAAGAGUUUUAAAGCAAGCCGAAGAAGUUUUGGUUAGAGCUGCUUCUGGUAAGCCUACUGGUUUAACUGGGAUUUACGAACACCCAAACCCAAGACCUGCAUUAAUCGCCCUCUACAAUCACACCUUAAACUUAUUGGACACAAAGUUCCCUAAGGAAUCCAUUUACAAACAGUCUGUAGAAGCUCUCACCAAGAACAGAUUGGCUGUAGUAGAGUCUGAAGAAAUCACUGAAAAUAUUGAAAACAAGAUCGGUGGUGGUUUAAUUGAAGAAAUCAUUAUACAAGCUGACGAAGAAUUACAUUUGGCGCAUGAAUUAGCAGAGUUGAAGGUGUGGGAAGAAUUAGAAGACAAGCCAUUAGAAGACCAAUGGGUUUAUUUUGGGAAGAAGAUCUAA